GAUUACUAAAACAAAAAGAAUUUGGCAAUAGCAUUUUGGGUUAUUGCAAAGCUGCUAAGGUAUUUUGCCAUUAUCAUUGUAGGCAACAAGCAUGGAUGUGAUUAAUAAAUUCUACUCGUCCGCCGUGCAAACCGUUUCGCAGCUUUCAGGCGUGUUGCCUGGAAAUAAUGUAACACGGGAAUAUGAAGUGUUGGAUCAGAUAUGCACAGCGGGUGUGGGACUGAUGUGGAAGGUUUACAGUGGCCACAAGAAAAGCACCAAGCAAGAAGUCUCUGUAUUUGUUUUUGAGAAAAAAGUACUGGAUCGCUGGUCCAAAGACGACCGAGAGACAAUGCUCGAGACGUUGCGCCGGGGCGUCCAGCAACUAACGAAAAUUCGACAUCCACAUGUGCUCACCGUUCAGCAUCCUUUGGAGGAGAGUCGGGACUCAUUGGCCUUUGCCACAGAACCUGUGUUUGCAUCCCUCGCCAAUGUAGUUGGUGACUCAGUGCGCUCGGACAAAAAACUCUAUGAUGUAGAGAUACGACACGGUCUGCUUCAACUAUUUGAUGGCCUGCAAUUUCUGCACAACGAUGCUAAGAUUGUGCAUCGCAAUAUCAGCGCCGAAACGAUUGUGAUCAACAAGAACCGUAGCUGGAAGCUGUUUGGAUUUGAUUUCUGCAUAGCCAAUCAGCCAGCAUCAAAUGGUACACCUCACUGGCCGUGCAGGGAGUAUAGCACGUCGCUUCAUGUACUGGCGCAACCCAGCUUAGAGUAUACAGCACCAGAGUUGGCAUUGAACAGUGUCAACACGCCGGACAGUGACCUGUUCUCAUUGGGUGUGCUAAUAUUCACUAUUCACUCGGGCAAGCCACUAAAAAUGUUUGGAAGCGAUUACAGUAGCUUUCGGCGGUACGCCAAUGAGCUGAAUCAGCGAAAGUACCCGCCAAUGAAUACUAUACCAAGUGAACUAACCGAGAGCGUGAAAGCGCUGCUGCAUCCCAGCGCAAAUUUGCGACCAAAGCUGCAUGAGCUUAAAACGAUUACGUACUUUCAGGACGUCGGUGUGAAGACUUUAAGCUAUUUGGAUUCCCUUUAUCAGUGGGACAAUCUUCAGAAAUCGAAGUUCUACAAAGGUUUGCCGCAGAUAAUACCAACUCUGCCACAUCGUGUAAACUUGCACUCGAUAUUACCCUACCUGAUAAAGGAGUUCGUCAACUCGCCCAUGAUACCAUUCGUUCUGCCGAAUGUUCUGCUUAUCGCCGAAAUGAGCAGCCAGCGGGAAUAUUGUGAUCACAUAUUACCACAUCUGAAGCCGAUUUUCAAGCUAACGGAUCCCAUACAGAUUCUUUUGAUAUUCAUGCAAAAAAUGGAUUUACUGCUCAAGCUAACGCCGGCGGAGGAGGUAAAGCAGAGUGUGCUGCCACUGCUGUAUCGGUCUCUGGAAUGUGACAUGCCACAAAUACAGGAGCUCUGUUUGGGCGUAUUACCUACCUUUUCCACUCUCAUUGAUUACAAUGCCAUGAAAAAUUCCGUCAUUCCGCGUAUCAAAAAACUUUGUCUACUCAGCAACAAUGUUUCAGUUAAGGUUAACUGUCUUAUAUCAAUUGGAAAACUCUUAGAGAAUUUGGACAAGUGGCUAGUUCUCGACGAGAUUCUGCCCUUUUUGCAGCAAAUACAAAGCCGCGAGCCUGCAAUUAUAAUGGCUAUAAUAGGUAUUUAUAAAAUCGCCAUGACGAACACGAAGCUGGGCAUUACUAAGGACGUAAUGGCGCACAAAUGCAUACCUUUUCUUGUGCCACUGAGCGUGGAGAACGGACUGACCAUAGCGCAAUUCAAUACGAUUGUAGCACUAAUCAAGGAAAUGCUAGGAAGAGUGGAGCAAGAGCAGCGUGAAAAGCUGCAGCAAUUAGCUACAAUACAGAGAGAUAACAAACCGAAGGAUGCAGCCGAGAUACUGGCCAACGAAAUGGACAACAUCACGCUAUCGCCUGCCGGCAGUAAUGGCAAUAAGAGCGAUGAUGAUAUGUUCUCCGGCUUCAGCGUGGGUCAAUCAUCGCAUACAGCAACGCCAAAGCCCACAGCUCCGGCACUGGCCCCGGUUAAGACUAGGGAACAGCUCAAAAUAUCGCACAAUACGACGUCAGAGGCAGCACCAAAAACGGAUAUGUUCUCCUUGAUGCAAAGCAACAUAAGCAGUCUGAGCACAGUCCAGAGUCCGCCCGCAGCAACAGCAGCAGCGAAUCCCUCUCAGCUCGCAAUGCCCUACAGUGCUAGCGGUGGCAAUAGCAACAAUUGGCACAGCGCGAAUCCGUUGGUCAUGAAUCACCAACUAGCCUCACCGCAGGCUAGCAGCAACAACAAUUUCUCUUCGUUGGACGACUUGGAUCCGUUUGGGUCCGGCGGUGGCGGCAGCCAGAUUACCAAACCGAACAAUGCAAAUAGUGCCAAUAUGUAUACGUUGCAGCAGCCCACUGUCAACUAUAUCUACCCGACGGGCUACAAUUCGAUGAACAGUAUGCAAUCUAACCUCGGUCUUAGCAAGCCCAUGAAUCUGGGCACAACUGGCACAGCAACGUCUGCGCCCACAUUGAUGCCACAGAUGACUCAGUCUGCGGAUAGCAAAAAUCUGAACACCUUGUCCCAACAGGACAUACUCAAUUUCUUGAACUAGACACAUCACAAUAGCUGCAUGCAGCCGAAUAGCCAAAAUGUUUUAAAUAAUCAUUCCAUACUAUAUAUCCAGAUAUAAACAUCUAUUAUGUAUUCUAAAUUAUAAAUGAGUGUAUGUACAAUUGUGUGUAUGUGUUGUGUGUGUGAACUAAUAUUUUUAAGAUGUUUUGAAGUUUUUUCUUGACAAAUAUCAAUCGAAAAUGUGAACGUGCAUAAUUUAUUGUUAGUCUAGGCAAACAGUCAAACCUAUUAAAUAUAGAUUACAUUUAGAUGUGUAUUGUGCAAUUUGCUCCUUAGUGUAACUCAUCGUACACAAAUUAGUUAAAAUAUAUACAAAUAAUCAAUUAAAAAUACCAA